GAAAAAUGUUUUAGUAAUCUAUACAGGUGGAACUAUAGGAAUGAUAGCUGAUUCAACUGGUGCUUAUCGGCCGCAUAAAAACCUCCUUGGUGAUAUACUCAGCUGUCAAUCACGAUUCGACGACCCAAUGGCGAACUCAAUCUUUUCUAAUUUGAACAACAAGCAAGCCUAUGCAUUGUGGUUUGAUCAGGAGAAACCAACGCAGAAGCAAGCGUCAAUUAAAGAACACAGACGGACCUUGACCGUGAAAGCACACCAAGAAUUCCAUGGUAGUCAUUUCAACGCAUUACAAACACCAAAGACCUUCCUCAGUGGUGUCGAACAUACUGUAAAAUAUGCUAUUCUCGAGUACGAUCCGUUGUUGGAUUCAAGUGACGUGAGUCCAAAAGAAUGGGUCAAGAUUGUACGCGAUAUUGAAUUGAACUACAAUUCAAAUUUUGACGGAUUUGUUAUUUUACAUGGAACGGAUACUAUGGCAUAUACGGCCUCUGCAUUAUCAUUCAUGCUCGAAGGUUUAGAUAAGACGAUUCUACUCACUGGUAGUCAAAUACCACUUACGCACAUACGUGCAGAUGCUAGUGAUAAUAUUUUACAUUCAUUACUUAUCGCAGGCACCAUUACUAUACCGGAAGUAACCAUUUAUUUCAAUCAUCAGUUAUUAAGAGGUAAUAGAGCGACAAAAGUAUCUACAAGCGAAUUUGACGCUUUUAGGAGCUAUAAUUAUCCACCAUUGGCUAAAGUUGGAACAAAGUUGGAUGUUAAUUGGAACGUAGUGUUGCCUAAAUCUAACAAACCAUUCACUGUUCACAAAUCGUUAUCACCUGAAAUAUGCGUUCUUAGAUUUUUUCCAGGUAUUAAAAUGCAUGUUAUUGAAGCCAUUGUCGAGGACCUUAUCAAUCAUGAACGUGCCGCAUUGAUUUUACAAACGUUCGGCAGUGGAAAUAUCGGUAGAAAUGAUAAAUUACUAGAUCUAUUUAAAAAAGCCUCAAAUAAGGGUGUUGUCAUCGUUAACACAUCUCAAUGCCAUACUGGGUCAGUCAGUGGAGCGUACGAAAAUGGACGAGUGUUGGGUGAAGCUGGUGUAGUGUUUGGUAACGACCUCACGUGCGAGGUAUGCUAUUGAGCAGCUCUUACGAAACUUUCUUAUCUGCUUUCAACUGACUUAUCUACUGAAGAAAUUCGCAAGAUUGUUCCUGUAUCGCUUAGAGGAGAAGGCAACAAACUUGUUUAAAUUUACAAGUGUAACUAGUUAUAUAAGGACCUACUAUACAGAUCGACUGUACAAUGACAUAAAUCAGCCUUUUGUUUCAAACCUUAUUCCAAUGUGAUGAGAAUGUGCGUUUAGCCAGGAACACGAUCGUCAUAACUGUUCAUCAUCACUAUCACGUUAUCAAUGAGGGGAAUAACUAUAGCCGAACUUCAGGUAGUCUUGACGAAAGGAGUUCCGUAACCUUAACCAAUGAGAAUCAAACACAAGUCAAGCUUGAGGUUAACAGAUGUCAUGGAAGAUCAAACACUACGUUGGAAAUUUGAAGCGUACUUAAAGGAUAAUGAAAGAAGUAUAGAGAAUUUAGAA